CUGAUAAUAACAUUUAUGAUAGAGGACUCUCAUCCCGUCGUGUCACCUAACGCAUGCAGGUUGUACUUCAAGUGCACGUUCAGCCGCGAGCGGAGUUGCGCGGCGAAGAAGCAAGUGCAGCAGCGGGACGCCGGCGAGCCGCCCAUGUUCCUUGUCACCUACCUCAACGAGCACACGUGCCAGCAGCCGCAAGCUGUUCCCGGCACGCCCAACACUGCAGGUAGCUCGCCGACGACGACGAGCCGGCAACGACAGUCGUCCUCCUCCCCGCCGGCGGAAAUGUUGGACCUGACGAUGAACGGCGCCGGCCUCUUUAGCCGUCUUCUUUUACCCCACGCCGUCGGCGGCGGCGGCAGCGCCGCCGAAGAGGAGGCCGCCAUCGUCACGUGCCUCGCGGCGGUCAUCAGCGGAGGAGGCGCCGCAGCCGCUCCGCCGCCGUUGAUCUGGCCGACAUCGGCCCCAGAGGCGGCGUUCGUGGCGUCCGCGGCGGGACACUCGCCGAGCGCCGCGGACGAGAGCGUGGCGGACGAGGCGGCGGCGGCGCAGAUGGCCGACAUGGACUACUGUUUCGGCCAGUACGAUCAGUCAACGUUCGGGGCGGCAGCAGCAGCGGAUCACCGUGUGUUGAUCGGUGACGACGGCGACGUGCAGCGCAUCGUCGCGGCGCGGAUCGCGGACACGGUGUGGCCGCGGUACACGCGCGACACGAGUGCAUGGGAGACUGCUGGGACGUCGUCGAUGAGAGGAUCGAUCGAUUGAUCGUACGCAUAUAUGGUACAAAUUUAAGAAUUACCAGUGCAUGGAACGAACUCUCGUGCAAUGCAACACUGUACAUUUGCAAUUGUGUUGCAUUGUACGAGAGGACGUUCCAUCAGGCCGACAUCUGUACUGGACUGUGACAUCAGGCCGACCGGUUGGACGUGAACGUACGUACCAGGACGAGCAGGCAGCCGGUCGUCACAGUAGCUGUCUGGCUUAAUUAGCUAGGAAAUUUAAUCAUUGUGGUUGAGUUCGUGCAUGUAUGGGAUUGUGGUUGAGUUCGUGCAUGUAUGGGUGUGUUGACUCGUGGAUCGCGAGUUGUGUUAGCACUAGCAAUGACUG